ACGAGUUUUUCCACCAUCAGGUGACGUACGAAGUGACGUUUGAAACGUCAUGCGUGGAGACAAAAUGGCGGAUUUGGAGGUUGAGGCUCCACUAGCGAAGACCGAAGAAUGGACGGAAUUUAGUGAUUGUUCUUGUACGGAAGAUGUAGAGAAUUCAAACAACGAUGCAAAUUUUAGUAGGGAAACGAAUGACAAUGCUGCAUUAGUCGAUAAUUUCGGAGAGACUUUCUCUACUUCGUUAGAAGAUUUGGUUAAUACAUUCGAUGAAAAAAUAACCAAAUCGUUUUGUAAUUAUGACGAGAAGGUCGAGAAAUUUGCUCCCGUUCAGAUACGAAGUCAAGAAGAAAUUAUGAAUAACUGUCAGAUGUGGUGGACACUUACUGGAAAUUUUGGAAGUAUUCUACCUAUUGAUUGGUCCAAAUCUUACACUAGGAAAUUACAGUUGCCUGCGUUGAAUCUUAAUCAGAACAGGCAAAAUGAUAACUUGGAAGUUGAUACAACAGAUGAAGAUGAAUUAGCUAAAGAUUUAGAUAUGCAUUCUUUGAUUAUUUCGAGCCUUCAACAAGAACCAAUGUUUACUGCUGAACAAGUGCUUGAAGAAAUUGAUGAAAUAAUGCAGGAACAAGAAUCACCAUUAAGUGAAGAAUUGUCUCCUUCUCCUGAUGAAAAAUCUCCAGAUACACAUUCAAAGAAACAUUCUGCCUUAUCAUCAUUUCUUUAUGAAGACAAAUUACAAGCAUUGACCACUGUUCAGUUGAAUGAAUUAUAUAUUGAAUUGGAGAGGAUGAUACAAGAGAAUUCAGAAGUUUUAAUUCAAGAAUUGGCUCUGAGAGAUGAGCUUGAAUUUGAAAAGGAACUGAAGAAUACAUUUAUUUCUCUGCUACUUAGUAUACAAAACAAACGAAGACAAUAUAAUACAGAAAAGAGAAGAGGGAGACUGAAUCAUGGCUUAUCUGAACCAAAAUAUCUUACAACUGUAAUUCCAUAUAAUCCUGAACAAGGACCACCAAACAAUUCAACUUUACAAGUUCUGAUAAAAAUUCUGAAAGCUAUUAUUGAAGACAGUCCUGUAGUUCCUGCACUACUCACGGAUUACAUAUUGAAAGUGCUUUGCCCAACAUGAAUAUUAUUCCAAGAAGAUACAUUAAAGAUCGAAGACAUUUCGACAAAUUAAAACGCUUCACUUCUUUAGGUCUACUUUAAACUCACGUCGUAAAUGUUCCUGGAG